CCGCUGUAACUCGGCUCUCCUUCGCGACGAUUCGGCCGGGUGCCGCUGGCGGCCGUUGCCAGGGUGGGGGUCGCUUUGCGGCAUGGCGAUGGCGGAGGGCGAGCGGGCUGAGUGUGCUGAGCCCCCCCAAGACGAACCUCCGGCUGAUGGCACUCUGAAGCGGGCAGAGGAGCUCAAGACACAGGCCAACGACUACUUCAAAGCCAAGGACUACGAGAACGCCAUCAAGUUCUACAGCCAGGCCAUCGAGCUGAACCCCAGCAAUGCCAUCUACUAUGGCAACCGCAGCCUGGCCUACCUGCGCACCGAGUGCUAUGGCUACGCGCUGGCUGAUGCCACGCGGGCCAUCGAGAUCGACAAGAAGUACAUUAAGGGCUACUACCGCCGGGCCGCCAGCAACAUGGCGCUGGGCAAGUUCCGAGCCGCCCUGCGCGACUACGAAACGGUGAUGAAGGUGAAGCCCCACGACAAGGACGCCAAGAUGAAGUACCAGGAGUGCAACAAAAUCGUGAAGCAGAAGGCCUUCGAGCGGGCCAUUGCGGGCGACGAGCACAAGCGCUCGGUCGUGGACUCGCUAGACAUCGAGAGCAUGACUAUCGAGGACGAGUACAGUGGGCCCAAGCUGGAGGACGGCAAGGUGACAAUCACCUUCAUGAAGGAGCUCAUGCAGUGGUACAAGGACCAGAAGAAAUUGCACCGGAAAUGCGCCUACCAGAUUCUGGUACAGGUCAAAGAGGUCCUCUCCAAGCUGAGCACGCUCGUGGAGACCACGCUGAAAGAGGUGCGAGCGGGGGACAGUGUGUGGGCAGGGGCGGGGCUCCCUGGCCGGGGAGGUGCCGUGGAGCUCAGAAACUCACAGACCCACCUGGCUCGGUCUGCCUUCCCUCUCCCCCGACCCCAUGUCUGUCCCCCCCAACCAUGUCCCUCUUCUCCUGGCCUCUCGGCCUCUGUCCCACCCUCUUCGUGUCUGUGUCCCCUGCCUGUGUCUUUGCAUGGUUCUUCUCGGUCUGCUGUGACCUCUUGCCCUUCCCUUCCCUCCUACCCCCUCCCCAUGUCUCUCUCUGGGCCCCUCCCUCUCCGGUGGCCUCUUUUCUUCCAGACAGAGAAGAUUACAGUGUGUGGGGACACGCACGGCCAGUUCUAUGACCUCCUCAACAUAUUUGAGCUCAACGGUUUACCCUCGGAGACCAACCCCUAUAUAUUUAACGGCGACUUCGUGGACCGCGGCUCCUUCUCCGUAGAAGUGAUCCUCACCCUUUUCGGCUUCAAGCUCCUGUACCCAGACCACUUCCACCUGCUCCGAGGCAACCACGAGACGGACAACAUGAACCAGAUCUAUGGCUUCGAGGGCGAGGUGAAGGCCAAGUACACAGCCCAGAUGUAUGAGCUCUUCAGCGAGGUGUUCGAGUGGCUUCCCCUGGCACAGUGCAUCAAUGGCAAAGUGCUGAUCAUGCACGGGGGCCUGUUCAGCGAAGACGGCGUCACCCUGGACGAUAUCAGGAAGAUCGAGCGGAAUCGGCAGCCUCCAGACUCAGGCCCCAUGUGCGACCUGCUGUGGUCAGACCCGCAGCCACAGAACGGGCGCUCGGUCAGCAAGCGGGGCGUGAGCUGUCAGUUCGGGCCUGACGUCACCAAGGCCUUCCUGGAAGAGAACAACCUGGACUACAUCAUCCGCAGCCACGAGGUCAAAGCUGAGGGCUACGAGGUGGCGCACGGUGGCCGCUGUGUCACUGUCUUCUCUGCCCCCAACUACUGUGACCAGAUGGGGAACAAAGCCUCCUACAUCCACCUCCGGGGCUCUGACCUGCGGCCCCAGUUCCACCAGUUCACAGCAGUGCCUCACCCCGACGUCAAGCCCAUGGCCUACGCCAGCACACUGCUGCAUCUGGGGAUGAUGUGAGGCCCCGCAGCAGGGUCCCCGCGCCGCAUCCACCCCCAGGCCCCGCCCAGGGCAGCAUUGGACCCCCUUUUACUUUGUAAAGUUUGUAUUUAUUCCCCUUUAGGUUUGCAGAGGGGGUGGGGGGCUGGCCAGAGGGUCUGCUCCCUGGACAAAGAAGGGGGAGGUGGAGAGGCUGGGUUGGGGCACUGUUCCGGGCAUUUCCAAGGGAGGCCAGCUGUGGGGAGGGGAGGGGCCCAGAGGCCUCCCCGCCCCCUUUAUUUGCAUGGCCCCUCCCUUGCUAAAGCAAUAGGGCCCCGCCAUAGGAAGACCCUGGAAGGAGGGUCAUCAGGGAGGCCUCGCCUACACCCCCUCCUGGCAGCCCUGGGGUGGGGCUAGGCUGGGGCUCACCCCCUCCCCCAGCUAUUUUAUGUCUGUAAUUAAAUAUGUUAAAAUAAAGUCAUUGUAAG